AAGCAUCCACAAAAAGAAAGCAAAAAAGUUAAAAUGAAAAUCUAUCAUUUUUAUCCAAAAAGGUAGAAAAAAAGUAAAAAAAACUGCACUUAUAAUUUAUAGAUAAAGAGACUUCUCUUCCCUUCUCUACAUUCUUUCCCUUCUUCUUCCUCCAAAAAAAAACCUCAAGAAAAAUCAUCAUUUUUAUCCACCAUGAGAAAUGCAAUUAGAUGUUGCAUAGCUUGUAUUCUUCCAUGUGGUGCACUUGAUGUCAUUAGAAUUGUUCAUUCUAAUGGUAAAGUUGAAGAAAUUAGUGAUUCUCAUAUAAAAGCCUCACAAAUUAUGAAACUUCAUCCCAAACACAUCUUAAAAAAACCAACAUAUUCAUAUUCAUCAUCAAAUGAUCAAGAAAUUUCUAGUCCAAAAAUUGUUAUAGUCCCUCCUGAUGCUGAGCUACAACGCGGCAAGAUUUACUUCCUCAUGCCAAUGCCAUCAUCGUGCUCUUCCUCCUCCUCAUCUUCUUCUUCUUCUUCUAUUCCUCGUGAAAAGUCAAGAACUCGUUCUAGAUCAUCCACGAGGAAUAAGAAGAUGAGGCAGGUUACAUCAGAGGGACGUGAAAAUGAGUACAAUGCUAACCUAUUGAAUAUUUCUGAUGAUCAAUAUCUAAGCGAUAUUUUAUCGGAAAAAAUGUCCACACAAAGGGAUAAAAGAAGAGGAAGAGUUGGAGUAUGGAGACCUCAUCUAGAAAGCAUCUCUGAGAUUGCCACUGAAUCAUGAUGAAAGUGCACGCUUUAUUUAUCUCUUUAUUUUCGAGAAAAGGUUCAAAUUUAUCUUAUACUGAACGGAAUAUUUUAAUUUUACGUUUCAUUAUACUUUAGGAUCAUCCACAUGGGCGGAGGUACUCUUGCCCGGGUGUAUUCAUCGAAAAAUUACAUUAAAUAUAUAGGUUAAAAUUUGAUUUAGUAAAUAUAUAUAAAUAUUGAUACCUCUUAACACAAAUUGACAGUUUAGUGUAGUGGCUAAAUAGUUGUAAAAGUUAAUUGUGUGUUUUAUCCCUUGCUAGCAACAUUUAUUUUUUUACUUUAUAUAUAAACACCUCUUGACGAAUUUCUUGGCUCCAUCACUGAUCAUCCAUAUUGCCUCGAUAGUUAGCUUAUGAAUUUGUAUUUGCUCUUGAUUUUAACUGAUCUUCAACAUGGUAGAUUUCAGUGUCAAUUGCUACUUUGGAGACAAAAACAAUAAUUAAAUUUACCUCUUUAGCGUUGACUAUGGUAUAAAAUUAUAUACUUUAUGUUGGAACUCUAUUUGGGUCAGGGGUGAAUAUAAAAAAUUGUGCUUCAAAUAUUUUGUAUAGGU